CUAAAACGUCACUGUCAAAAUAUAUGGUGUGUUUAUGUUUGUUAUUAUUUACAUUUUAUAAUCUCUCACUAAAAUUAGUGUUUAAUACUUUAUGAGGCAUAUUGUAUACCACUUAAUGACGUAUAGUUAUUAAACUAUACGUAUAGUUGAUAAGAGAAGCAACAAACAAAAUUUGAAUAUGAGGCUGUGCAUUAAAAGUUGGAGAUGUUUAAGUGCAGGAAAUUUAAAUUUUUCACACAUUUCUCAUGUUAAAUCUAGACGAUACUCUCAUGGCAUACCUUUUCUGGAUUUUUACAAGAAAACUACAGGUACAACUAUAUCUGGAGAUCACCUGACAGUUCUCCAGAAGAAGCACCCGCACAUAAUGGAAGUAACACAUGACAGCUUGCAGUGCACACUACAGAUACUGCAAAAGUUUGGCAUCACGGCUGAGGAGGCCUGUAGCAACCUCCAUGUAUUCAGCAUGAACCCCAUCACUAUGGAGAACUACGGUGAUAUACUCAGAGAAUGUCACUUUGUAACUAUUUCAGCUAAACAAAUUAUAAAGUACCACACAUUUAUAAGAAAGAGAACUAUAGCUUGGCUAAAGAAAGAAGGAUUAUUAUCAGAAGACAUACAAUUAGAACAAGUAAUAUUGGACAAGUUCCAAGAAUGGCCAGAGAGUGGUAAAACAUUACAAAAGUUUUGUGAUACUAAGACGUCAGUGUUAACAAUUCGAAUGAGUAUCUUAGAAAGAUUUCUCAGUUGGAAGUUAGCAGUAUCUCAAGAAGAGUUUCAAAAGUACUGUAGAAACUAUCUGCCGCUCCAACAUAAGCCAAUGUCAGACAUCCAAGAAGCAAUCAGAAUAGCAGAGAAUGACAUAAAGUUCGACAAAGCAGGAAUCAGAAGAAAUGGCUUUGUUAUUGCCGCUGAUCCUUUACAUACCAAACUCAUUUUAGAAAAUGUUAGCACACUGGCGGGCAUGGAUAUUAGAGAAGUUUUGAAAAUAGAACCAGCCAUAUUGAAGAAUAAUUAUAAUUCUAUUAUCCAAGUUCGAAAUAUAUUGGAGGAAUACAGAAUAUCUGAGGAAACUCAAAGAAAAUGUUUGAAAGUGUACUGCAUGCGACCAGAAACAGUGCGCGAGCGUCUAGAUGAGCUUAGAAGUUUGAAAGAGUACAAAGUCUUAUCUACAAACCCUAGAAUGCUUCUCCUCGUAAUACAUAAGAAGAAAAUGCUGAAUCGACUCACUAAAAUAGAAUCAGCAAAGAAGCAAUGUUUCAGCUUCAACCACUUGGUAUCUUCGUCGAAAGUGUUUCACAAUUACAUCAGUAGUUUUGGUGACAAAGUAUGCGGUAGAGAUAUAGCGAUACUGAUUUCUUCGUCUCUCCAAUUGCCACCUCACGACGGUAGAGGGCAGGCAGCGCAAGUCAACGCUGUACUGAACCAGUUGAGGCGCCACAAGUACUGGCUACACGUCGCCAUGAGCGUCAUCGAUGAGAACAUACAGUUCCUUAGAAAUAAGUUUGAUCAUCAAAUCAUUAUUAAUAACUGUUUGAUCCUUCUGUAUCCUGUCUCCGAAGUGAAAUACUACAUAGAGACGAUACUAAGUAUGCGUAGCGGCCGAGAAGUGAGUGCUGCACAGAAUGAUGAGCUGAACUAUAGCAACGUUCGCUACGACUGCCUCACAGACGCACAAAUCCUUAGUUUAGUAUUGUACUCCAUUGAGAAGAAAUACCAUUUCAGUGGAGACGGUAUUUGGUGUCGGCAGGACGGUUUAAAAGUUGAAACGCAGAAGAACUGACGGUGGCAUCGUACUAAGAUAUAAUCUAAUACUUUUUGAAGAAAUCCUCUAAACUGAUAUUCCUCAAAAAGGAUGAUGAGUAGACAGAAAGAAUGGACUGAAAUGAUGUUGCGAUUUUUUCCUAUUUCUUCGUGUUACUUUAACACUUUCGCUUCUAAAAGUUCUACUUUUUGUAACUCUACUUUGUAACCACACUGAGAGUCAUUUAAUGGUUACACAACCCAGUCCUUAGCAAUCGUUUUGGAAACAAAAUCGUUACUAAGGAAGAGUUUCAGUAAUCAUUAAAGGUCUUUUCAAUGUGGCAAUUAGUAUGUAGUAUGUUACCUUCUUUAGCGUCAAAGUUAACAGUUAACAGUUGCAAUUAUUUAUAUAAGUGUUACAAAUAAUUCGUGUUAUUGCAGUAUAACUACUGUGCUAUAAGAUUUUUAUAUUAUACGGAAAGGAUUUCCAGGUUUUAAUUAGCUGUUUUGUAACCUACUUACGUUUAAAGUAUCGAAAUGUCGCCACCUUGACUGAUGAAAAAAGAGUUGUUAUUUAAAUGUAAGUUUGUACAAUAUGUAAUUAAUUAUUGUAUAUGAAAGUGUAAAUAAAAAUAUAUAAGGAUAGUAAAAAAACUCACUUUAA